GUAUCCCAGUAGCACCAGGCAGUGUAGGAAGACCAGCACACUGGCCAGGGGCUUCUGGAGUUCCAGUGGCUAGUGGCCCCUGAGUGCCUGAGAAGAGCGAGAGAAGAGGACGAAGAGGAGCCAUGUGUAUCCUGUUGCUCCUAAUUGGUGGUAUGUUGUUCGCCUACGUGUUUCUCUUCUGGAAAGACCGGCUUCAGAGAAACCAUCAAAUGUCAUCAUCAGAUUCAACUGUUUUUGUACUAGUAAGAUCAUCCUCUUCUACUUGGUCAACUAAGCGCAAUACUGUUAACAGUCUUACAAUCAGCAAUCUCUCUCAGGAUGCGUUAAUUAAUUUUCCACAAUCAGUUGUCAUCCAGAAACUAAUCCUGGUAAAUCUCGGGAUGGCAGAAUACAACAUGCUUGAAUUGGAACAUUUCCUAGUUACUGAGGAUGUAAAUGGUGCAUUAUUUGACCUUAAUUCCACUGGCAUGUGUAUAGAAUGUAUUGACUAUGAAGUCAAUCAUUAAAGGCACUUUGAGUGGAUUAAUUUGAUUGUGUGUGUUUAUACCAAAUAGUUCAUUUUUAAAAGAGGAGGGGAUGCCAAGUAAGAUACAAAAUCCAGAUAUUUAUCAAUUUGCUUAUUUACAUUUAUAGAAUUGAUUAGAAGUUGCUAAUAUAUAUUUAACUGGGGAAAGAAUGAAAGCACAAUAGAGAAGGGAAAUUAUCGAGUUAAGGUAUAGUGAUUUGAAAUUUCACUUGUGUGAAAAAUGGUUUUCCCUAAUAGUUUACAAUACAGCACCACACAUGUCUCCAAGUUUGCAUUAAAGUAAAUGGAUUUGAUGGGACACUUUCCAUUAAUGCAGAAUACUAUUUUUUUGUGAAAUCUGUGUAGUAGUGAUAAUAAGCUGUCAUUGAGCACCCAGGCACUCUGUUAAGAACUGUGCUUUACACCUUUGUGAAAAGAAUCAGACACACUCUUACUCUUUGUAGUAAGCUCCUACAGGGG